AUCAGUGUGCAGAACAAGACGAGGAAGGGGGCGGCAGAGUGUCUCCUGGUCGUGGUCCGGGCUGCAGGAGCUGGUGUCAGGGUUGCCGGGCGUGCGAAGGUGGCGGAGGCGGGAAAGGCAGCUAGCGGUUAAAGGAGAGCUACCGCUGACUUGCAGGGGAACCUGGAGGAGAGAUGGUGAUGGCGGCUAAGAAGGGCCCGGGCCCGGGUGGCGGAGUCGCAGGGAGCAAAGCGGAGGCUGAAGCGGCUUCGGAGGUGUGGUGCCGCCGAGUGCGGGAGCUGGGCGGCUGCAGCCAGGCCGGGAACCGUCACUGUUUCGAGUGCGCCCAGCGCGGGGUCACGUAUGUGGACAUCACCGUGGGCAGCUUCGUCUGCACCACCUGCUCCGGCCUCCUGAGAGGCCUGAACCCCCCUCAUCGGGUCAAGUCCAUCUCCAUGACAACUUUCACUGAGCCUGAAGUCCUGUUCCUCCAAUCUCGUGGAAAUGAGGUCUGCCGGAAGAUCUGGCUUGGUCUUUUUGAUGCUCGGACAUCGUUGGUACCAGACUCCAGGGAUCCUCAGAAGGUGAAGGAGUUUCUCCAAGAAAAAUAUGAGAAGAAAAGAUGGUACGUCCCCCCAGAGCAAGUCAAGGGGGCCUCUUACAGCAAAGGCAGUGUCUCUGCUACCCCUGUCCAGGGCUCUGUCCCAGAAGGGAAACCUAUUCGGACACUUCUGGGAGAUCCUGUGCCAUCUCUCUCGGAUGCUGCUUCUACUUCAAGCCAGUCUGUCAGCCAGUCUCAGGCUCGCACGGCACAGGCCAGGAGCUCCCAGCCUCCUUCCCAUUCAUCCACCAAGAAAGCCAGCACUGACCUGCUAGCCGAUAUUGGAGGAGACCCCUUUGCUGCUCCCCAGGUGGCACCAGCCUUUGCCUCAUUCCCAGGUUUUGGAGGCCAGAAUCCUUCCCAUGGAGGCUUUGCCAACUUCGAUGCCUUCAGCAGCAGCCCUAGCUCUUCUGCCUUUGGAAGCCUCCCUCCAUCGGUCCAAACCCCGUUCCAGGCCCAGCCGACCCCUGCAGGGAGUAGCCAGAUGUCUGCGUUUGGUGUUGCACCCCUGGCAGCUGCCAGUCAACCCAACAGCCUUGCAGAUGUGGGUGGCCUCCUGGAACCCAGGAUGGCUGCUGGAGGUCUCCCUGGCAGUGUUUUCGGGAUGCCCAGCCAGGUUCCUGCCCUACAGUCGGCUGUGCCAGGGGUUGGCGGCAGCACAGGGCUCCCCUUUGGAGCCUUCACCAAUCCCUUCACCACCCCUGCCCAACCCCAGCUGCCUUCCACCAACCCAUUCCAGCCCAAUGGUAUAGCCUCAGGGCCUGGCUACGGGAUGGGCAGUGUUCAGCCUGGCCUUCUCCAGCCAGCGCCACCCUCCGGAGCCUUUGCCAGUACCUUCCCUGCCCCGGUGUUCCCCACACAGGCUGGACUGGUGGAACAGCAGAAUGGUUCUUCCUUUGGCGAUCUGGGGACCUCCAAGCUAGGGCAGAGGCCACUGAGCCAGCCGGCUGGGAUCUCCACCAAUCCUUUCAUGACUGGAUCCUCGGCGUUUGCCUCCAAACCUCCAACCACAAACCCAUUCUUGUAGCACUGUGUCAUUGGGGGAGGAAGGUGCUCUCCCCUACUUGGGGUGUGGGGGAUGACGUCUACUUCUGCUUCCCCCCUCGGAGCCCUGGUGACCAUUUGCCGAUGGAGCAUCUCUGUGGGUCUGAGGCUGGGGUUUGCGCCUGGUUUGCUGGGCUUACAGAUCUGGGAACAGGGAGGUUUGGAAGCAUAGCUUGAGGCUUGCAGAUGAAUCAGACUCUAGCCUCCCCAUCUGCCGCCCAGGGGCUUCCUUUUCCUCUCCAGGAAGGAGCCCGGAAGGAGCAAAGAUACCCUCACCAGGAGGCUCCACAGUGGUGUAUUCUUGUCAGAUCAUUAAGUACGAAGGCAGCCUUCAAUCCUGUCCCUCGUGGACUGUAGGGAGAGAAGUUAGGCACAGCCCCAGCAGCAGCCUUCCCCCCUGGGGGAGCAGCUUCUCCACACACAACCUUCCAAAGCUGCCGCCACAGUCCUCCCUGACAGAAGGGAAGCGGGAAUGUAGGGUAAAGAUGAGGUCUGGUGUUGAAAGCCACCAGGCAGCCCUGGGAGUGUGGCGCUUCUGGCGUCCAGUACUUUUGUUUUCCAGGCUCAGUUCUUCCUAGCUGUCCCCACAUCCUGGCCGGCAGGGUAGGGGAGACUAUGCUUGCCCGCCUCCUGUCAAGCACUUUAGUUAGCCCUGUCAUGUUUGGAUACCAGUGUUUUAUAUUUAUAAAUAGAGAAUUUUCUAAUAUAGCCUAUUAUAUACAUAAAUAUAUAUAUAUAUAUGCACACACAUAUGUAAACAGGUAAACCCCGCCAGCCAUUCUGUUUUUCCCAGACAACCCUUUAACUUGGGGGAUGGAGCGUGGGAGGCUUUGGCACAGGCCUGUAGUCCUAGAACUUGGGGGACUUGGGGAGGAGGAUCACAAGUUCAAGACUAACCUGGACAAUUUGGAGAUCCUGUCUCAAAGGAAAAGGACAGAAAGUUUUAAAAAAGGCUUCGGUGGUAGUGCAGUGGUAGACCACCUGCAUAGACUCCUCCUGGGGACUUGAAGAAUGGGGUAGCUCAUGCCCGUGUCUGUAUAAUCAAACCUGGGGCCCCAGGGCUCCAGGGAGGACAACCAAGUAUCCUGAUGCUUUCCAGACCGCCGAGUACCCCAGAGCAAAGCCUAGGCUGUCCAGUGAAAAGUCUAUGAUCGGCCGGGGAGUUUGGUUUGUUUCUUUUUCUUCUUUCCACAUUCCUCCCUCUGCUCCCAAAUAUCCGCACCAAAGCUUGUUUGGAGGCAAUGUUGGAAAAGAUUGCGUUUGAAAGGAUUAAAAAAAAAAAAAAAAAAGGCUCGGAGUGUCUUGUUUUGUGCCAGCUGGAGUGGACACAAGUCAGUCAACAUGACUGAGCCUUGACUUGGAUCUUCCGAUCUUCGCUGCCUGGGCUGAUAAACACGUGACCUCAAGCAAAGGCUGAACUGCGCACCCUCUGUUAGCGAGAAGACGCGACGGACAGUGAGGGUCCCGAUCUGGGACUGGAAGGUGCCACGGGCUGCUGGAGUGUGGCUUUGAGAAGUAAACAGACCCCCUCCGUGCUCUCAGCACCUCCAGCAGUUCCUUACCAGAGGCUACAGUGUCAGCGGCCAGGUGUCUGGGCCGCUUGCGCACAGGAUAAACACUCCCCUGCAGCAGCGACCUGGGCCUUGGCCUUGCUGUGUACAGCGAGGCCCCGCCCUGCAGACCUCCGCCAAGAGUUCCUGGCCCUUUAAACUAUUCAUUCUUAAGAUUUCUCUGGUCCUUCCGUAGGGACCAGCAAAGGGAUGUGGGAAUUAAGUUAUCAGUUCCUUUGCUUUAUAGACGUUUCUGGGAAGAUCUCUAGCUCUUGCUAAGCCAGUCUUGGCCUGCCCUCUGCAGUAAGAUUCAAUCCCUCCUGUUUCCCUCUAGCCUAGCCUCUCCCCUCCUUCCCUCUCCUGGGAGGGGUGGGGGAGGGAGGUCACCCAGCUGGCCCCUAGCCUUUGUACUAGAUUUUUCCAUAUUUUCUGUUUCUUUUCUCAUCUUUAUAACGUCAGUCUGUUCCCCCUACCUUAUGUCUCCAUAUAUAGCUUGGCUGUCCUCAGACACUCAGUUCUGCUGCCUGCCUCCUGAAGGUUAUGUGCCCCCACGCUAGGCUGCUCCUCCCAGGUUUUUGCUGGUGCUAUUUUUUGAGACAUAAUCACAAAGGCUGUGUAGCUCUGGCUUGAGUGGAACUCACUGUGUAGCCCAGGCUGGCCUCGAGCACACUGUGGAAACAAGUAUGACUGAAUUUCUGACAUGCCACCGCACAGUUUCACAAGGUGCCUCCUCACCAAAACAGGAAUGUCUCUGGCCUUCUCUUUCCCCCCAUUCUGCUUGAAGCCAGGAGUAAGGGCAAAGUUUUGGUUUUGGUUGUUUUUUGUUUUGUUUUGUUUUUUAAUAACGCAGUGUCCCUGGAGCACUCUGGCUCCAGAUAACUUUCGUCUUAAAGGGCCCUAGAAAACGAGGCCACUUUGCCCUAUGUAUAAAUCCCACAUUCCAGGGAUUCCAGGGUCCCUGCCUGCCUCGUGGGCCCAGGUCCUCCUAGCCUUCUCCCUCCUUCCUGUCCCUCUGUCUGACGUGGACUCUGGCCUCAAACUUUCCCUGGGCCGAGGCUGGGACUGAAGCCACUGGCCUUGGCAAGGAAGGGCUUAGCAGCCCUCCUCCAUCUAACCUCUCAGACCAGUGGCAAGAUCCCUAAUCGGUGGAAGAAAUGAGACGAGUAGGCUUGUUUUUCCUCUCUGCACAGCCUCACCUGACUGCUGUAAAUCUGGACGGAUUCAAAUACUCGCACAUAUGCACACGGGUGGGAGGGGCUGGCAGGAACAACAUACUCGGUCAUACAUGUAUGGCCACGUCCUUCUCUCUGCACAGCCCCUGGACGAUGCUCUAGCUAGGCUAUGCAGACGACCGCCACUCUCGCUCAGGUCUGUCUGUCAACCAAUCACCCAUUGGCAGUUUCUGUGGGUGCUAAGCCUCCUUAUAUAGCUUACUCCCACCCCACCCCCACCACACAGAAGAAUCAAGGCUAUCCCACAUGCUCUCCCCAGGGUUCCUACUCCUGCUAACAAGUGUGGUGCCCCCAAUCUAGCAGAGCCUCAAAUAUUCUACUUCCUGAGUUGCUGGGGUUCCAGAACUAGGAAAUAGGGGGCUGAAGAGAUGGCUCAGUGGUUAAGAGCACUGGCACCACCUCCAGAGGUCUUGAGUUCAAAUCCCAGCAACCACAUAGUGACUUCUGAUGCCCUCUUCUGGUGUGAGGCGAAGAUAGCUACAGUGUACUACUACUACUACUACUACUACUACUACUACUACUACUACUACUACUAAAUAAUAAUAAUAAUAAUAAUAAUAAUAAUAAUAAUAAUAAAAUAUGUGCUUAGGUAGAACUCAAAGCAGAGUUGUUGCUAUAGCAACUGAGGUGCACCAGGCUUCUGGUACCCAGCAGAUCAAGUCACCUGGUACGGCUUCCCUAGUGCUCACCUCCUCUCUGUUAGUCCACAGCAGGUCCUGCGGUGGCUGCUGCUUCCUGCUUUAUCUUUUACCCAGCACUCCAGGGCUGAGUGACACAGAGCGCUUGGAGCAGUCUGUGACAGCAGAUGUGAUUUCACAAGGACAGAUGUUUGCAAGAUAACCAGGGAGGCGGGAAGAUGGGACGAGACCAUUCCUGGAUAGCUUCAACUCAAGUUUCCUUGAGGUAGAGUCUUGUACACCACUGCAUGCUCUAGACUUGCAGGCUAGAGAGCUUCUGAAAACCACCCUGUCUCCACUACCCUUCUCACUCAGGGGCCCCGGCUUUAAGGCUGUGCACUACCAUGUCCAGCUCUCUGUGCAUCCUGAGUACCCAGCUCAAGUCUCAAACUUGCACGAGUGCAUUAUUCACGGGGCCAUCUUCCACUGUUUACCAACUGACCUCUGAGCAUUUCUUUCAGCCCUGGGUGGGGCUCUGCCCAGUUGGGAGGCAUCUGGGGCAGGCCUCAGGCACUAGAUGCCCAGACCUAUGUUGCUUGUUGACAUGGGUGUCUGCCCUCAUGCACACCCGAAAAGGUGCUCAAGGAUGUCAACCAGACAGAUGAUGGUGGUGAACGCCUUUCAGCCCAGCACUUGGGAGGCAUGGGUAGGCAGAUGUCUGAGGCCAGCCUGGUCUACAAGGAGAAUUCCAGGACAGCCAGGACUUCACAAAGAAACCCUGAUUUGAGAAAGAGACAGACAGACAGACAGACAGACAGACAUCACUUCACUGCUGCAAUGAUUUCUACAGUACUGAAGAUCACAGAUAAGCCCUAGGCCUCUGCUUGAGCUGCCCUUGAACUAUCCUGAGAAAAAGACCCAGGUUGUCUUGGUUCUGUUUACUUGGUAGAUGGGUUCCUUACCUAAGGGAGCCCCUCCCCAAAAUACCCUUCCAGGGUCUCACAGGUUGGCCUUCUCUUCUAUAAGUUCGUCUUUCCCCGCAUGGGUUUUGCUGGCCACGCAUUCAUUAGGGAAUGCCAGGUCUGCUAAGGCACCAUGACUUGUCAGCUAAGCUUUGUCUGACAGAAUGAGUCACGCCACUCCCUCACCCUUGUGACCCUAAUAUAGAGAAACAAAAUAUCCCAGGGGCUGGGGACAUGGUUCAGUUGGUCCGUUCAAACCCAAUAGCCCAAAUUUGAUCACCAGAAUCCACAUUAAAAAGUGGAAUUCAUGGCUUGCAUCAUAUUCCCCAUACUCCUAGAGCAAGAUAGAAGACUUCCAGCAGGGUACAUGCUUUUUAUCCCAAUACUCAGAAAGCAGAGGCAGGCAGAUCGCUGAGAUCCAGGACAGCCAGGGCUCAGAGAAACACACAUGCACGCACGCACGCACGCACGCACGCACGCACGCAAAACCCCAACCACUACUAUCAUUAAAGCUCUCAGGCCAGCAUGCCUGAAGUACACAGAGAGCGUCCCUGCCUCAAAAAGAUGGAAAGCAAGAACCCACUUCCAAAAGUUGUCCUGCAACCACACGCAAGAGGCAACCUGCACCACACACAUACUAAAUAUUUUCAAAGCUGGGUGUGGUAGCACGCACUGUAACCCCAGGCAGGGGAAGUGGAGUCAGACAUGCUAUGCCUGGGGCUUCCAGGACCACUAACCUAGCCUACUAGACGAGUUCCAGGCCAAUGAGCCUGCCUAGAAAACAAGAGGGAUAGCUCUUGAGGAAUGAUAGCAGAGGCUGUCUUCCGGCCCGCACAAGUAUGUGCAUUCGUGGUGUGUGAUCUCCAGCCCCACCCAAACCUCUCAGGAUGCAAAGGGUUACUGGGACAUCUGCCACAGGAUCCAGGCUUCUGUGACCACAGCCACCGUCAGGUUCGGGUUCGCAUUUUGGCUUGAUGGUGGUGAGGGGCACUUUUAGGAAGGUGUCCCGGAAAGACUAACUCCUUUUUCAAGUGUCUUUCAGUGGCCGUUUGCAUGCGUGAGAAUCUGGUGGGAACGGUCGGUAACCAGAGACCAGGGUUUCCCUAUCCUGUGCUAUGCAAACUCAUCAAAGAGUCAGAGUUCUGCGUAUGGCUCAGCAGCCACGGUCCCUGAAGCAAAAGCACAAGCAUCGUCUCUGAGCCGGAAGGGAAAGAACACCGAGGACCGACAAGUAGAGGCUCAGUGAGGUGGCUCCUGCCUGGAGAACCGCUGCUCUCAGGAUGGCCCGCUAGGCCGCUCUUCUAAUCGCUGGUGCCACCACUGCUAACUACAGCUGCUUCUGCACCCUGGCUUUCUAACUUUCGGGCUUUCGAGAUUGCCCCAGGCUGCCGCUGGCGGUACUCCUCCACCCCCAUAUCCAGUCAGCUGAUUGGUAGAGACGCACCCCCCUCACUCCCCGCCCCUGUGAAAGUUCGGUCCCAGCGGUGCAGGACUCCUACUCUAGCCUAUGAAUCCUAAACUCAACUUCCUGCACUCGGGGCGUGGGAGGGUUAACUUGAAGGGGGUGGAGAUUCCAACAAGGAGGCUGACCCAGUUGGAUCAGCCUCCCUUAGACCUAGGAGUCCUGGUGUCACUGGCCACUGGGACACACGCACCCUGUACAGGCUCCUUGCCCACUCCAAGUCAGGAGAGGGCGUGGAGAGAUGCAGGGCAGCUAGGCCGGUUGCAAUCUUCCCAAGAUUGCAACUUGUCCCAAGCCGGUGGUAGCUCAGGGGACAGGACCCAUUCAAAUUAGUCCUUCUGAGGACAGUUUACUGCCUUUGGCUGGAGAUGAACCCUGCAGGUACGGGCCCCACAGUCUCCUCUGGGGGCGAGUCCACCGACGUGUCCCUCGGCCCGCCGUUUCCUUGGCCCUGCCCGCCCGACGUGCGGCUCUGUGGCCAUCUGAGGAAGCAGAAGUCCCAGCGCCGCCGCUUUUUCGUGCUGCGUGCUGACCCACCACGGCUGGAGUGCUAUGAGAGCGAGAAGAAGUUCUUGGCCAGCGGCUGCCGCCCACCUCGACCCCGGCGUACCGUUAGCCUGGAAGGUGCCUGCACUAUUAGCAAGCGCGCGGAUGCCCGUCAGCGCCACCUGAUCGUCAUCUAUACCAGCGACAGCAGCCUGGGCGUGGCGGCGGCCAGUGAAGCAGAGCAGCAAACAUGGUACAGCGCCUUGCUCGAGGUGCGCGCCACCGCCGCUGCAGCUGCUGCCACCGCUAUGGGUGAGCCCUGGGUGAGCUACGGGGAGGUCAGGGGUUGCUGACUUAGUUUAUCUUGAACCCAUUUCUCUCAGGAUCAACAAAGGUUCAAAUCUUAAGCUUUUACACGUCUUGGUCACCUGGGACUCGGUGACCCUACCCCAGCCUCCCAGUGACUUGCCCAUUCUCUCCAGGUUUCAGCCCCCAAGAGGCCCCUGAGUCUUGGAUCUUCGCCCCGUUCCAGGACGUCUGGCCUGUGACACUGCGGUCCAAGGGGCUGGGGAGAGCACCAGGCCUGAGCAGCGGCAGCUAUCGCCUGUGCCUGGGUUCUGGGGCCCUGAGCCUCCUGCGGAAGCCGGGAAGCAAAGGCUCCAGAGACAGCCGGGCAACGCCACCACCAGUCCUGCGCUUGUCCUUGCUCAGUGUGCGCCGCUGCGGCCACGCAGAUUCCUUUUUCUUCCUGGAACUCGGGCGCUCAGCGCCCAUAGGUCCUGGUGAGCUGUGGCUGCAGGCCCCUGAUGCAGUGGUGGCCCAAAGCAUUCAUGAGACCGUCCUGGCUGCCAUGAAGAGACUGGGGAGCAGUGCAGCCAGUGGCAAAGCUGAGGCACCGCUGGGAGAUUCUCCAAAGGGGGCUUCUGCAGUCCCUGCCCCAGCACCAUAUGAGAUCCCUGCUUUGGCACUGGCAGCACAAGCGAGAAGUCCGGGUGAGAGAGCGAAGCAGGACUACGUCAAUCCACUGGAAAGGAUGGGGUCAGCACCCUCCUACAGGGGGCCAGAUCUGGGUGGGGACUACAUCGCCAUGGGAAUGAGGAAUGACUAUGUGCACAUGGGGGGGAAAGCUGCUGAGUACAUGUGGAUGGCGCCCCCAGGUCUCCCUCCCCCCACCCCUCCCAGGGUAGAUCCCAGAAAGGAGCCUGAGGAUUGUGAGAGCACAGAGUAUAUGCCCAUGAACAGAUUUUUACCGGGGCCUCUUUACUACGAGUUCAAGGCCAGGGAGCCUGAACAUGGGCAUUCUAGUGCCCAGUGUAGCAUUAGGGACAGAUGGAGACCCACGGUGGCUCAGCCCCGCUCUUCCCAAGGGUCAGAGCUCUCUGGGGACUACAUGUACAUCCCUGACUAUCCCAGUGCUAGGCUGGGGUCUCUGGACAGCUGCCUCAACUAUGUGGACCUGGACCUAGUCCCUCCCCUGGAGGUUCCUGGAGCGGCCCCAGGGAAUAGUCCACAUAGCUAUGCCAGCAUCAAGUUCUAGAACUUUCAGAAGAUAGGGGAGGAGAACCAAGCAUUGGUUAGGGAAGAGAGGAAAAGAAGAGAAAACCUUAGCACUGUUCAGCUCAGCUUCUGCACAUAGGAGCCAGGGACUCUGAGGCCUUGUGAGGUGCUAUGCUGCCCCCUUGCCUGCUCUGUCUCUUCCAGCUGUACCGCCUCAGAAACACCUCAGGAAGAAGUGCUCCAAAGAAAUUAGACUCUUAAGAGAAAGUACUAGAACAUCUCUCUGCACCCCCACCCCAAACCCAAACAACAAACAAAUAAAACACCUACAGAACCA